AAAGAUCCCUUUUUUUUAUAAGGCACCGUCACGAUAGCUUUAAAUAUUCAUAGUGACAGAGCAGUCUAGAGCAAACGGCGAAGAUGAAAUAUCAUGUUCUUUUAAAUGCAUUGUGACAGCUCUGGAAGCAGCAGCUGAUGAAUCCUCUAUUAUGCGAUCAGUCUAUUUGCCGCUCAACGUGUCCCUGUAAUUGGCCCGACAUCAGUUUAAAAGCUGACCAAGGAAAUCAUUCUCUUUUUUUUGAGGGGAAAAAAAACCUUGGACACAACACGAUGGUCAAUGUUUGGGAGAGAGAGAAGGAAAAUCUAUUAGUGUGUGUUGUGUAGGAGCUGCGGAGAAAUUGCAUAUGUUUACUCUGUGCUCUGUUUAGUAUUUAACCAGGUACCAAUCAACCUGCGGGAGCUUGGGCCCGUACUCGUCAAAUCCUCCUGCAUUGUUUUGACAGCUCAUAUAUUGUUUAUUGAGGUGGAUGUCAUGUAUAAUUAGCGAUCGAUAUGGAAACGUUUUCAAGCGGGUCUUAAUACCCACUGGUCCCAACACACACCGACUAUACGUCUCUGACGUCAGACGCGAUUAACGUUUCUUAUUGGUCCCAAAUUCCCAAAGCCUGGGCUAAUUAUUGGAUCCUUUAUGUUCAUAAAGUAAAGACACAUCCUCUCCGUUCACUAGCAUGUCAAGCGCUUUUCUACUUUCCCCUGCAUACAUUUUGAAGUUCACCCAAAUCCUUUAAGUGAAAGAUCUCACCCCCCCCCCCCCACCUCACCCAGCCCCCCACCCCCUCCCCUUUCUCUGUCUCUGUCUCUCUCUCUCUCUCUGGCCCCUUUCCCCCUGCAGGGAGAUGAUGGAUAGCAGGAUCUUAGAACACCACCACGCUCAGUUUGGAGGUACCUUGGCCAGCAUGGUAGGAUUCCAUUAUCCCCUUACUCAUCACCAUGUGUACGAACUCACAGGGCACCAGCUCCAAUCUGCCAGCGUCCCCUUCACCAUAGACGGAUUACUGAGCGGCUCCUGCACGGCGUCCGUGGUCAACCCGUCCCCUCUGAUGCCUUCGGCUUGCAACGUGAACGGGGAGAGCCAGUCCUUCAAACUGUCAGACUCGUCGGAUCCAGAGAAAGACACCCCGGGAUGUAAACGGAGAAGGACGAGAACCAAUUUCACCGGCUGGCAGCUGGAGGAGUUGGAAAAAGCCUUUAACGAGAGCCAUUAUCCAGACGUGUUCAUGAGAGAGGCGUUAGCAUUGAGACUCGACCUGGUGGAGUCUCGGGUUCAGGUUUGGUUUCAAAACCGCCGAGCGAAAUGGAGGAAGAAGGAAAAUACCAAGAAGGGACCGGGGCGACCAGCACAUAACUCGCACCCUACAACAUGUAGCGGGGAGCCCAUGGACCCGGAAGAGAUCGCCCGCAGGGAGAUGGAGAAGAUGGAGAAGAAGAAACGGAAGCAGGAGAAGAAACUUCUGAAAUCCCAGAACAAGCUGCUGCACUCGGAGGGGGAGUGCAGCGUUGCUUCCUCUGGUUCGGAGUCAGACAGCAGCGUGGUCCACCUGCAGCCUGGUACAACACAGAGCGAGACCAGUCAACAUUCCCCAAACACCAGCCGGGAGCCUAGUGCGGUCAACUGCGAACAGACGCCCCAAAAGCUCUCCCACCACCAAAGAAACGCGUCCCAGAAUAAUCCCAGUCGAUCUUCAGAUCUGGACUCCAAUCGGGACAAAGCUCAGAGUUAUCUGUGCACGAACGCUCGCUCUUCCAGUCUGACCAAGUGCGAUCAGAAAACCAACCCUUUCAGCGUGGAAAGUCUACUUUCCGAUAGCACGCCGCGGCGCAAGCCUCACUAUGACUACCCAGCCUUACCAAACCCCCGAGCCGUCAUUGGGAAGGGGCACUUCCUUCUCUAUCCCAUCACCCAACCUCUCGGUUUCAUCGUUCCCCAAACCAGUAUCAGGACACCGCCCGUCCAAACCCCGUCUCCCUCCAGGCCAGACACAACCGCCCCAGAAACAGACCAGGCGCUUGCCACUUAUCCCGCGACAAACUCAAACUCAACACAAACCGGCUGUCCCAGCUCCGAGUCGAGCUCAGCACAGACCAGCUACCCCGGGACAACUGCGGGCGCCACACAAGCCAGCUAUCUCGAUCCAAAUUCCAGCCCGCCUCAGUCAAAUAAAGCUCUGGCCUCGGAGGGUCCGGAUGAACUGACCCAACAGAGAGCGGACUCUCCCGAGCCAGUAGACACAAACUGCCCUCGAGAACAUAUGACAGAGUGUGAAGAGGUGGAUAUGGACUGAGCUCAGAGACUGGAAACUAACAUCGCAUCUGCAAAGCAGGCAGGACAAAACAAAGCAAGACAGAGGGAGGAAGGGAAAAUAAGGACUUUCUCGUUAAAUUCACUAGAUAAACACGCCCUUUCAGUUUAUUUAGUUUGUUAGCUAUGCAGGUGGAUUUCUGUAUGAAUUUUCACUGAUCAGGCGAUGCGUUCAGAUAUUAACCCAGCCCUGUUUUCACUAAGCGGUGCCAAAACAGUUUACCUUCUAUAUAUAAACACACAUAUAUAUAUUCUCUCUCUCACACACAUACAUGCACACAGAGUUACCAUCAGUGGCUGAACGCAAUGUAUAAAACCACUAAUCCUCUCCUCAUUGUGUAAAACCCAAACAAAUGUAUCAAAUAUUU